UAGUGUAGUGGCUCUAUAUCUGCAAACAACUGCAAACUGCUGCAAACAGAGGGAAGCUGAAACUGUAAAGUUAAACUUGACCCUUGACAGAUGUGUUUUGGACCUGUUUAUUUGAUUUUUGAAUAUUAAUGUCAACUAUUCUCAUUUUGAAUAGUUACUGCCUUACGUGUGAAGUGCCUUUGCCCACUGUCAUACAUGUCUUCAAUGGGUAUUUCAAGAAACAGAAAGGGCCCGGAUAAGAUUCCAAGACACAGAGGCCUCUUCUUGUCACUCUUUCUUCUUAUAAUUUUGGUUCUAAUGGUCAAUUUUUAUUUUGCGUUUGUUAUGAACUCAGACAGCAACAAGCUGCUGAGUCAAACGGAACCAUCUAAAAUUUUUUAUGCUCAAAGCAAAGUCUUUUCAUCUACCAUCAGAAAUGUAAUAUUAUUGGAUUCACCUGUUAAAGAAAAUUAUAAUAGUGUAGGAAAUAUUAUAAGAAACGCAUCCUCAGAUUUUUCUUUUAAAAUUGAAACACUGGUCAAAAAAAUUUCUUUUAAAUAUUCCAAGUUAUCGCCAUUUCUUCACAAUGAAAUAAGUAAACUGUGGACUUAUUUACAACCUUCAGUGGGCACCAGUACUCAAUUGUGGUCUGUUGCUAAGGAGUGGGUGGGAGCAAGGAAUAUUGUUCCAGCACAGGCACCUCUAUUGGGGAGUGUAUUAAAAACUAUGAGUUUUGCAAAAAUUGUUAAGGCCCAAAAUGCUCCAGGAGGAACUCAGCUGAAACUAUUAAUUACUUUUGAAGGAGGACAACAAGCUUUGUUUAAGCCUCAAUGGUACAAGAGAGAUGAGGUUAUUGAAGGACCUGUUUAUUCAGGCAAAGACCGUCAUAAUGCUGAGGUAGCUGCUUUUCAUCUUGCUCUACUGUUGGGAUUAAGAAGAGUGCCAAUAACAGCAGCAAGAAAAAUUAAUCUUCAUACAGAAAUUAUGCCAGUGGCCAGUAAAUCACUAUUAAAAACUUUUACAGUGGAUGGAAAGAAUAAUACAUGCUUUUAUGGCACUUGCCACUAUUGCAGUCGCAGUGAUGCUGUCUGUGGGAAUAAGGUAUGGUUAGAGGGUGCUGUUAUCCUAAUGCUGCCUAGCAACUUUAAAUUGAAGCAUUUUAGAAGCCCCUGGCAAAGGACUUACAAGGAAAACAAGGCUGCUAAGUGGGAGAUUGAGAGCAACUACUGUGAGAGUGUGAAAUCAAACAAAAUCUAUAACCCUCAGAGUGGUCCACGAUUACUUGAUUUGAUUGAUGCUGCCAUAUUUGAUUUUCUGAUUGACAAUGGGGAUAGACAUCAUUAUGAAGUUCGUGGUAAUGUGUCAGGUGCUGCUGUUUUGUUUAUUGACAAUGGCAAAAGCUUUGGCCAUCCUUUUCAAGAUCAUUUGGAUAUUUUGGCUCCUCUAUACCAAUGCUGUGUGCUUCGAAAAACUACAUGGGAAAGGCUGUUGCUGUUUGCUGGUGGUACACUAGGAGCAGCUCUUGAAAAAUUGUUGACUACAAGCUCCAUCACACCUGUGUUGACAAGCUUUCAUCUAACUGCAGUAAAUCGAAGACUUCGUGCCAUAUAUGCAACAGCAGAGUUCUGUUUUCAAAAGUAUGGUAUAGCUCAUGUUCUUACUGAUGAUGGGUAUAGGUAGCAUAAACAUAUUGCUACUGAACUGAUCAAAUUUAAUGUAAACCUCAUUUCAUUUGUGCAGGCACACUGAAUUUGUUUGUUAUUUAUAUGGUCUUUAUAAAAUGUAUCUUACUGAGCAGGUCUCAUUUCUAGCUCGCCCUUUUGCUUGGGAAAGCAAUUGAGCUGGCAUUUGUAACAAUAUUUGUCAGAGGGGCAGGCCUAGCUUGUUUUUGUAAUUAUAUAACAGGACCUUUGAUUUA